AUGCUGUCUAGGGCAUUAUUGGCCAAGUUCAUUCCAAAGCCCUCCACUUCUUCUCGUCUCCAAUUCACCCAACAGAGAGGAUUGCAUAGCAGGAACAAGAAAGCCAUGGAGUUCAUUGCCAAAGGCUGGAAUGCUCUGAAGGAGGUUGAUAGGGUCAUUGAUUAUUGUGAGCUCAAUGAUAGGCGUCUCAUCCCUCUUCUUAACACAGCAAAGGAGAAUUUUGAGCUUGCUUUGGAGGCGGAUAACACUAAUACUCAUGCUAGGUAUUGGCUGUCCAGAUUACAUAUGAAAUACCAUGUUCCUGGAGCAAAUAAGGCUGUCGCGGCAGCAUUAUUGGUAGAAGCAGCAGAUAUGGGUGAUGCUGAUGCACAAUAUGCACUGGGUUGUCAUUUAAGAGUAGAGAAUGAUGAUGUCCAUUCAGAUCAACAGGCUUUCUAUUAUUUGGAGAAAGCUGUGGACCAGUUGCAUCCAGAUGCUCUUUACCUUUUGGGUGCUGUAUAUUUGACUGGCGACUGUGUUAAGAAAGAUAUUGCUUCGGCAUUGUGGUGUUUCCAUAGGGCAUCAGAGAAGGGUCAUGCUGGGGCAGCUAUUGCAUAUGGAUCUCUUCUUCUUAAAGGUGUAAAAAUUCCGGAAUCAAUAAUAAAAUUCAGUUUGAAGAGAGGUCCGGUUGCUCAAAAACGAGGAAAGAGCAAAGAAAGUAUUGCAAUUGAUCCCGUAGAGAUGGCAAAAGAAAAAUUUCAGAUAGCUGCAAAAGCAGGAUGUGAUCUUGGAUUGAAAUGGCUUGCAAGGUUAGAAGAGGAAGAGAAGCGGUUACUCACCCAAGAAUUUUAA